AUUUCAUUCUUAGCCUCUGUGCGAAGGCGAAAGGAUGGGACGUAAUUUUUGCAGGACGAUUCGAUCAUUUCUACUUAUUUUGGCGCUGUCUACGUGCUGUCUCACGGCUGCUCCACCGGAUCUGCAAGCAAGAAUUGAACAACUUGAGAAAAACUAUAUCAAAAUUAAGGAACAUUUGGAAGCCAAAAUUAUUGAUUUGGAGACGAAAGUCGGUCGACUGGAAGCUAAAAUUGAAAAACAGGAUUCACUUUUGGCUGUUCUGGAAAAAGGGCGUAACCCUUUCGAAGAUAAUAACAAUCAACAUCGUCGCCCGAACGCAACUCUUCGUACUUGCUAUGAAAUCCUCGUCGCAAAUCCGUCGUAUCUUUCCGGUAUGUAUUGGAUCGAUCCAGACGGACAAGGCAUCGGUGAUCCACCAAUCUACGUCCAUUGCGAUAUGGACGGGAAAGAGGCCCCUUGGUAUGAUCCGGGAUGGAUUGGUUUCAAAGGCACAACAUUCAUUUUACAUGACAGCGAGUCGAAAAUGGACAUUGGACAUUGCACCGAACCUGGAUGUUACUCGAGGUCAAUCAAAUAUUACGCGAGCGAUAGACAAAUCCAAGCGUUGAUUCAAUUGUCCACAUUCUGCGCACAAAACAUUUUGUACUAUUGCAAGAAAUCGCCAUUUAACUACAUGGGGAUAGCCUACGCUUGGUGGUACGACAAAGGCGGCACAAGACACGAGUUUACCAAUUGGUUGGGGACGUGCGAUUCACUCCCUGAUAAAGAACAAAGACAAAACGGUGUCAUCACAGACAAGCGUCUGCCGUUUACGCGCUUCCAUUUUAGCAAUCCGUUUAAGGGCUCCGGUCAACACCUAGUGACUCGGUUACGAUGUCGAGGAAAGGCAAAAACGGAGCCAAUGCCGAGAUCGUGCGAGGAUUUGUGGCGCAUGGGACACACUCUCAACGGAAUCUACUCAGUCAGGGGAGAUAAACAAGUGGAAACUGUUCUCUGCCAAUUCGAUAAACUACCUAAUGAACAAGAAUUCCAGAAGAGGAUUGGAUAUCAGGACAUAAAAACAAAGCCAAUAUACUUCUACGUACAGAAAGACAAACAUUUUUCGCAAAGUGACGUUCCACUACCGUUCGAGCUUACCAUAGUCAACAUCGGAGGGGCCAUGGAUUUGCCAAGCGGCGUAUUCACAGCACCCGUCAACGGAACUUACUUCUUUUCUUUUACUGGACUAGCGCAAUUUCCUAUGGUUCCAGUCCCAGUGCUAAGGGAACUAGGCGCGAACCUUUAUAAAAAUGGUGAAAGAAUAGCAAUCAGUCAAGUUAACAAAGGCCAGCUAUAUCCGGAUAAUCUAAAUCCAAUCACCGUUCAAAGUAUUGUACCUUUGCAAGCCGGAGACAAAGUAUGGAUCCAGAUAAGUAUUGGGAUCAAUGGGGGAUUGCUAUACGACGACAGGCAUGCGGAAGUGAAAAAGGGUUCACACACGCAUUUUAAUGGAUUGCUUUUAGCAGAAGAAAUCUAGGCAACGCAAACGUAUAGUAUUUACCCUAUGCGGGGUGUGACGGUUUUAAUUAUUGAUGCCGUGAUGAGUUGCUUAUUGGUCCAUGUUUAUGGUCACGUGAUUUUAAUUAACAGUAAUCUCUGAUGGAGUCAGUUGCUUAUAGCCGGAUUUUGCGCAGGCCCGAGGAUUUGUUUAGAGUUCUUCUUAAAUGAUAGGCUGUUUGUUGCGAGGCUGUAGCUUCUGUUCGACGUGUUGCCGUUUUAGGUUUGUAUUUCUCUCCAGCCUGGAGGUUUAUCAAUCUAUAUGGCUUUUCUAGGUAUGUACUCCAUUCUGACUAUUUUGGGAUUUUGGGUAAUGGAAAUGUGGAUUUGUUUCAAUAUUAUCUGUACUAAACGGAUCGGUUACAAAGAUUU